CACUCGUCUGCUCAACAUCAUUCUCACAGUCUUCCACUUUUCAGUCUUUUACUGCAGAAUUGGAAUAGAAAGAUGGCGAGGGAUAAGUACAGGCAGGUUUCUCUGCUUGUUUUCGGUUUGAUUGCAGGGCUUAUUUCUCAGAACUUGGUGAUUCCUGUAAUGUCUGCUGCAACUCUUGAAGAUCAAAAAACUUAUUACUCUCCAGACCCACAUGGUGGAAAUAGUCACCACGGAGGUUCUCACCAUACACCAUCACACGGCUCAGGAGGCGGACAUGGAAGUUCACCACACCAUCAUAAGACACCAUCACAUGGAAGCUCAACGCCUUCCAACUGCGGAACUGGAACACCAUCGAGUGGUGGACAUCAUCAUUCUACACCAACUCAUGUUCAUAACCCGCCCACUGCCACUCCUAGUACCCCUUCCACACCAACACAUGAAAGCCCUCCAAUCAUUGACCCAGGAACUCCAACACCAACGUAUGGAAGCCCUCCAACAAAUGAAAGCCCUCCAACCAUUGACCCAGUAACUCCUUCAACACCAACAUAUGGAAGCCCUCCAACAACAGAAAGCCCUCCAAGCAUAGCCCCGGAAACUCCUUCAACACCAAGUACUGGAAGCCCUCCCACCAUAGAUCCUGUGACUCCUUCGACCCCAACAUAUGGAAGCCCUCCAACCAUUGACCCAGUAACUCCUUCAACGCCAACAUAUGGAAGCCCUCCAACAACAGAAAGCCCUCCAAGUAUAGCCCCAGAAACUCCUUCAACACCAACUACUGGAAGCCCUCCCUCCAUAGACCCUGUGACUCCUUCAACACCAACAUCCAGUAGCCCUCCAAUAAUAGAGAGCCCUCCAAGCACAGUCCCUGAAACUCCUUCAACACCAACAUCCGGAAGCCCUCCAACUAUUGACCCAAUAACCCCUUCUACACCAACAUAUGGAAGUCCAACAACUCCAUCAAUUGACCCUGUUACCCCUUCAACACCAACUUAUGGAAGCCCUCCAUCAGUCGACCCAGUUAGCCCUUCAACACCAACAUAUGGAAGUCCAACUACUCCAUCCGUCGACCCAGUUACUCCAUCUACACCAACAUAUGAAAGUCCAACAACUCCAUCAAUUGACCCUGUUACCCCUUCAACACCAACUUAUGGAAGCCCUCCAUCAGUUGACCCAGUUAGCCCUUCAACACCAACAUAUGGAAGUCCAACUACUCCAUCAGUUGAUCCAGUUACUCCUUCUACACCAACCUAUGGAAGUCCGACUACUCCAUCCAUUGAUCCAGUUAGCCCUACAACACCAACAUUCGGAAGCUCGCCAACUACUCCAUAUAUUGACCCUGGAACCGGCAUUGAUCCAAAUUCAUCACCCUUUCCGUGCAUUUACUGGAGUACUCACCCAACAUUAAUAUGGGGUCUCUUCGGCUUCUAUGGCACAACCUUAGCAGGAGCAUUUGGCUUACCUGGCGGGGGCACAGGAUUCGGGCCUCAACUCAAUUUGGUACAAGCACUUUCAAACACCCGUAACGAUGGAUAUGGGGCGCUGUACAGAGAGGGGGCAGCUUCUUUGCUGAACUCCAUGGCUAUCAAGAGGUUUCCUUUCACAACCAAUCAAGUGAGAAAUAGUUUUAUUUCCUCACUUGGUUCCAACUUAGCUGCAGCAGAACAAGCACGUAAAUUUCAAAUGGCCAAUGAGGGACAGCUGAAGCUCAAAAACUAGUUAACUACUAAGACUUAUUGCUCUUAAUGCUUUGUAUUAGAUAUUGUGUGUUUAUUUUCUUUUUAAUGCAUUUUCUGAUGUAAAAUAAUAUUAUGAAGGAUAAUGAUAUAUUGAAUUUGAUUUUGUCA